CUUGAAGAAGACGCCGGGCCACAGGACAGGGGGAACAGACCGCCGGCGCCGUCACGACUCGCGACUCCCCCCGCCACCUCUUCCGCCGCGGGAAACCACGCGGAGAGCGUCCCCCGCCCGCCGCGACACCCAAAUCGCCUCGAUCCGCUGCACGAUUGAUCCACCCUGCCGCCGCCGGGGUGCUUCGCUAGAUAAAGUGAGGAUUCUGGGAAUUUGAUCUAAUUCGUACUACUGGAAUUUGAUUUGCCACUCCGGUAUUGUAGACAUUCGCCAUUGCAACGUGUGCCUUGUGCAUCUGGAGCUGCACACUGAUGCUGGGAAGGUGAUGUUGAUUGAUCUUGAGCGCUUGUGAUAGUGCACAGGUUUCGAACAAUUGUUCUGUUCCACCAUGAGGGUCAAGCUUGAGCUCCUUAUGCCCUUGAUGGCGCAGUACAAAACACCCGCAUGGGCCACAUUGAUCGCUGGGUUCUUUGUGCUGCUUGCCCUUUCCCUCUCCAUGUACCUGAUAUUUGAGCAUCUAUCGGCAUACAACAACCCAGAGGAACAGAAAUUUGUUCUGGGUGUUAUUUUGAUGGUCCCUUGCUAUGCAAUUGAGUCGUAUGUUUCUUUGAUAAAUCCAAAUAUCAAUGUUUACUGUGGCAUCUUGCGCGAGGGUUACGAAGCAUUAGCUAUGUACUGCUUUGGAAGAUAUAUCACUGCAUGUUUAGGUGGGGAAGAAAAAACGAUAGCCUUUUUGAAGAGGGAAGGCGGCUCAGAUUCUGGGCAACCCCUUUUGCAUCAUGCCUCCGAUAAAGGAAUCAUACACCAUCAUUUUCCUGUGAAUUUUAUACUGAAACCCUGGCGAAUGGGGACGCAAUUUUACCAGAUUAUCAAAUUUGGAAUCUUCCAAUAUGUGAUUAUAAAGACACUCACAGCUAGCUUAUCUCUUUUUCUAGAAGCUUUUGGUGUAUAUUGUGAAGGUGAAUUCAAUUUACGAUGUGGAUACCCUUAUUUUGCUGCAAUCCUGAAUUUCAGUCAAUUUUGGGCCCUGUACUGUUUAGUAGAAUGGUACACAGCUACCAAGGACGAAUUGGCACAUAUAAAACCUCUGGCUAAGUUUCUUUCGUUCAAGUCAAUAGUAUUCUUGACUUGGUGGCAAGGGGUGGUGAUUGCAAUAAUGUAUUCUUUGGGCCUGCUUAGAAGUCCUUUAGCCCAGAGCUUGGAGUUAAAAUCAAGUAUUCAAGAUUUCAUUAUUUGCAUAGAGAUGGGCAUUGCGUCAGCUGUUCACCUCUAUGUGUUCCCUGCUAAACCCUAUGAGCACUUCGUUAACCAGUCACCUGGAAACAUUUCAGUCCUUGGAGAUUAUGCAUCCUCUGACCCUAUAGAUCCUGAAGAAGUCAAGGAGAGUAACCGGCCGAGCAAAAUGAAGCUUCCACAGUUUGAACCGGAUGAGAGAAGUGCAACAAACAUAAAGGAGAGUGUUCGUGACUUUGUGGUUGGCAGUGGGGAAUAUGUGAUCAAGGACUUUAAUUUCACUGUUAACCAAGCACUGCGACCUGUGGAGAAGCGGUUUGAUAAGCUGAUGAAAAAGAAAGACAAGUAUAAGAACACCCAGGAUGACAACUGGGUGAGUGCAGCAUCACCAGAGAGGCCGGUUCGUGGCAUUGAUGAUCCGCUAUUAAGCGGGAGCGCAAGUGACAGCGGGGUCUUGAAGGGCAAAAAACACCGUAGAGUUGUCAACACAGUUGCUGCUGCGGAUAGUUGGGGAGGUGGUGAUAAGACACCUGAUGGCUACGAGAUAAGGGGUCGCCGCUGGGCAGUCAAGAAUUGACGAUUUAACCAUGUGCAGGAUUGAUAUAUUUCAAACCAUAACACGUGAAACAAGGAAGCGGCCUUCUGUUGCAGAAAUUACUGGUAACCUUAUGCAACGCUGGCCAAUUUUGUUGCCUUAUGCAAGUUCACGGUGUGCUGUGUUGUAGGUAGCUGCAACUCCUGAAUCCUCUUGAUACGGUAGUCUCUGUGCAUAGCCUAUUAUUUCUUGUUUUUAAAAAGGACUGGUACAGGGCAUUGAUCAUUACAAGUUCAAUCGGUGUUACUCAGAAAUCAGAAUUGAGAAGAAUCAUCUUGUUGCGUACAAACGGGAGCCCCUCUACAACUGCCCCUUGUUUACCGAUGUACCUAAUCUUGUGAUAUUAUUGUUUGGACAUCAUACUUCAUUACUGUAAAGAGCUGGUGGAAAUAACAAUAAAGUAAAUGUUGGUAA